UAAUUAGUUCAUUCGUAAUCGUGGUCUAGCCGGUUAAAUUUAACCAAUAUAUAAUUUUUGCCGGUUAUCCUAUUAGAAUUAAUUGACGAUAAACAGUAAUUCAACAGAAUGGCUAAACAUCAUCCAGACUUGAUAUUUUGUCGUAAGCAACCCGGCGUCGCUAUAGGACGAUUAUGUGAAAAAUGUGAUGGUAAAUGUGUUAUAUGUGAUUCAUAUGUGAGACCAUGUACAUUGGUACGCAUUUGCGAUGAGUGCAAUUAUGGCUCAUAUCAGGGCCGAUGUGUUAUAUGCGGUGGACCUGGUGUAUCGGAUGCAUAUUAUUGUAAGGAAUGUACAGUCCAAGAAAAAGAUAGAGAUGGUUGUCCAAAAAUUGUAAAUUUGGGAAGUUCAAAAACAGAUCUAUUUUACGAACGGAAAAAAUAUGGGUUCAAACGGCGGUAGAACCACUAUAUUUUCAUUUAUAUUAUUAAUAAUGUAUAUUAUUUUUAAUUUAACUCUUAAAGUAAUUAUAAAUUAAAGACAUGUUCUUGUUUUCAAAACUAAGGUUUAUAUUAUAAUUUCAAAAUCUUUCAUCAAUAUAGCAUUAUGUUCCAAGUUAUAAAAUAA